CAACACCCGUACGCGGUUAGCUGUGUACACGCUGCAUAUCCAUCACGCGGCCCCAUUGGGCGAGACGUAGGGGCGGGGCCCGAGCCUUUUCCGCCAGGUUCGCCCUCCGCCAGGGGAAAAAUGCGUCGCGCGGGUGGGGCAGCCGAAAAGAAGUAGGGGCGCAUUUUUAGUGGUGGUGGAUCAAUCGGUCCGUCGGAGGGGAGAGGCCGCGCUAAAAAUUCCCAUCUCAGAAACGCGGCGACACACAGUCCCCAGGAGAAAAGCGAAGCCCACCCCGCCACUUAUUUCUCUCGCUCGCGUAGACGGACAAUUUUUUAUCGCGGAUCGCGACUACGGGCGACUACUGCGCCUGCUUGUGUUCCCGGUGUGUGUUCUCGAACGCGACAAAUUUGUCGCGCCCGUUAUAAAAGAAUUCCGUGACAUCUAGUAGUCGCGUUCUGUCAGUGGCAAAAACAGGACUCUAGCUCUGACCGCAGAAGAGGGCAUCUCCCCUCCUCUCUCUCACAACCGAUAUAACUGCUACUACGGUGUAUCCCCUACUCUGCCCCUCCCACUGGGCCGAUUCGCAAAAAUCGGGCGGCCAGAAAAGAGUGUAAGGCCGACUACUGUGCCUACUGCGACCGCAAUUAUAUCACCUGGUGCAACCGCGUUUACGCUUUUAACUGUAUUUGACGAAUUUUCGAUAACCCACGUGCCUUUGUGACCGACAGUGCUAAACAUAUUAAAUAUAAAUACGUGCGUGUGUGAAUUGUGCUUAAAACCAUGCUUCCUACACAGUUAGCGACGACUCAGUGAGUGCUACAUCGACUGGGACAAACAUGUCCCAGUUUGGCUUCCGACCAUCGCCGAAUACUCAGACUACGGUAUCAUCGGGUCCUAGUCAAUCUUCUUCGCCUCCGACGACAAUGGCAGUGACUUCUUCAGCUCCGACGCCCGGCACCCCACCGACGCCCACCCAAAGAUGUUGUGAUACCGGCAGGCCGAUCUUUACCGAUCCCAUAACGGGCCAAAGCGUGUGUUCGUGCCAGUACGAACUUUUAGGUUAUCAAAGGUUGGCUGGUGCCGGUGUGCCAGGCUUGCCCGCGUUGUCGAUGUACAGCGCCCCCUAUCCCGAAGGUAUGGCCGCCUAUUUUCCUGCUCUAGGAGCUGAUCAGGCGCCCUUCUAUACGUCGACGGCCGCAGGACUCGAAUUGAAGGAGAACUUGGCCGCAGGAGCGGCCGGUUGGCCCUACCCUUCGGUUUAUCACCCCUACGAUACGGCCUUCGCAGGAUAUCCAUUUAAUGGAUACGGCAUGGAUCUCAACGGUGCUAGGCGGAAAAACGCCACACGCGAAACCACGAGCACCCUCAAAGCGUGGCUCAACGAGCACAAGAAGAACCCCUAUCCCACCAAAGGAGAGAAGAUCAUGUUGGCGAUAAUCACCAAAAUGACCUUGACGCAAGUGUCGACGUGGUUCGCGAACGCAAGGCGACGACUGAAGAAGGAGAACAAGAUGACGUGGGAACCGAGGAAUAGGGUGGAAGACGACGAUAAUAAUAAUGACGAUGAUGAUCAUGAUCACAAGAGUACCGAUGGAAAAGAUAUUAUUGAUUCCAAAGAUUCCGGCACAGCUUCGAGUGAAGACGGCGACCGACCGCCACAUUCGCGUCUAGCCGCUGACACUGCCAGCGAGUGGAGUGAGUCUAGACACGAUAGCGGUCCAGAUAGUCCGGAAAUAUACGAACGACCACCACACCCUGCCUUCUUACCGCCUAGAUCAUCAGGUUCCCCUCCCCAACUGUCAGCUUCGGUCGUUUCGAAACCCCGAAUCUGGUCCCUAGCGGAUAUGGCCAGCAAAGAAAGCGACGGUAGCCCUCAUUCCGCGGCUUCGAGUAUAUAUUCGACCGCAGCUGCGCGUUUGGUACCUCCGUUAGGUACUAGAUUACCCCCUCCAGGGCUGCAUACGGCUCCAUACGCGAGACCACAUGAUUUUUACCGAAGCUUGUACAGUCCAGCAGCUGCGCAGCAUCUAGCAGCUGCUAGCGGUGGAUCACCCGAUGCUACUUUACUGGAAACUUACCAAAGAACUCUGGGAGCCAAUUUGAUGGCUGCGCAAUCGACAGCUUCCGUAUUUACCAAAGCUUCGGCUACUUCUAGCUCCAGUAACUUGCCGUUGGGGUUGACCACGUCGUCGAGGAUGUCGCCGUCUUCGACUUCUUCGUUGUCGUCUGGUUCGGAGACACCGAUCAAACCGGUGGCAUUGAACAAAGCCUGACCUCCUUUGGUGUCGACCGGGUUGUGGUCAUGAUCUACCUCUGUGCAAAAGUAAUGUGGGACAAUAACGGACACGUGGUUUAUGUGUUAGGGGUGGUGUUGUGUGCGAGGGUGGUUUGGAUGGGGAAAGUGUCUUUCGAAUUUUGAAUUAAUGGAAGUCAGAAGUAAAAAGUUAAGUUUCCACAUACAUUCGUGAAAUAUAAACUAAAUCGAGAAAGUAAAUCCAACCUUUAAAACUGUGGUCAAUCCUAUGUGAGAUAAAUGAAAUACAAUCAUAAUUUCAAUAAUUAUUAUUUGGCGAUAGGUUUCGGCCGUAUAGCCUGUAAGUUAAAAAAAAAAUUGUUUUAAAAUAAAAAAGAAUGUUUUUUAAACUUAAGAAAAUGGCUAUACAGCCGAAAUCGGUCGAUGAAUUAUUAUUAGAUUUUGAAUUUUAUUUAUAUCAAAUUAAAAAAAAGGUUAAUUUAUGUGCUGGUACGAAAACCGGUACUGUUCUUUUUUACUUUCUACUAGGAAAAUUUCUUAACCCUUAACUGGUAUAUAGGGGACCACUUUUUAAAUGGAAUGUAUUGGGAGGAAUUAACUAAAAGAGAGGCUCUAAUAUUAAUUUAGAAUUUUGUAGUGAGAAAAGUUAUUUUUUUAGAACAGCUGAAAUGGGAAAUUUUUAACUGGCGUUUCAGUCUAAACCUUUUGUCCGAGAAAGAACAUAAACAUCGACGUUUGUAGGAAAUUUUAUGUACUUUUAUUUUAAAUAUGAAGCUUACUUAUGAGAAGUUGAUACUUUUCGAAAUAUAACCAAAAAACCGCAAAAAUUAAAUUUUUGUACAUAUUUCUAUUUUUUUUUUAAUGUUGUGUUAAUAAACCUUGGAUAUAGCACCAAAAAAAAACUUGUAGAAUGGAAGAAAUCAAAACUACCCCACUUUUAAAACAGGGACCUUUUUGAGCACAAACUGUAUUUUGAAGAAACAAGCUUAUAUUUUAGUAAAUCAUUUUUAGAGUGGCCACCUUGUAUACGAUUUUUGGGCAGCGCUUUAAUAAUGAAAGAGUAAUCAGUAUUUCUUUAUACACUUACCAUCUGAGUGACUAACUUUAAUUGAUUCUGAAAGACAACUUUCCCUCUAUAUCACCGUGAGAUAUCGAAAAUUCGACCACCCUUAUAACAUAUAGUGCUGUACAGUAAAUGUGAUAUAUACCUUUUGGUUCCUUAGUUUUACGGCACCCAGAACAUUCGCCUUAGUUAUUGUAUUAUUAUUAUUAUUAUAAUUAUAUAGGGUAUCCCAAAAAUUUUUUUAAAAAUAAAAAAAAGUUUAAUGUUACAUUUCACAAAAAAAAAUAUUCUUGAUAAAAAUGUUUUUGCAAUAGUUGUAAAUCCAUAAACAGCAUGAAAUUUGUAAAAUAAAAAAUUCCAUUUGAUAUUUUAAUUAAUAUUUUUGCUCUAUAUUGAAAUUUAAAAAAUAUUUCGCACUUCCUCAUAAAUAAACAUUUUUAUUUUCCCUGUAUACCAUCUAUAUUUUACAAAAUUUUAUUAAGUAUACCCAAGUGAUACAUAACUUUUUAUCAAGAUUCUUUUUUUUUAUAAAAUGUAGAAUAAUUUUUUCCAUUUGUAUGAAAUUUUUGGGACAUUCUGUAUAAUAAAUAUUUUGUCGAAAAUGUGUAAAUAUAGACUGCGUCAUCGCAGCAGUAUAAAAAAUCUUGUAUCUAUGUACGUACCUUAUUUUAGCGUAUAGAAAUUGUAAGUAAAAAAUAUUUGUUAUUAAAAAAAAAUGUGUAAUAAAUACUAAGGAUAAUCUACUUAAAAUGGAUCGAAAGAUCUUAUACAUAAAUAAUUGGAAGUUUAGCCAUUUCAUUGUACUAAAUUUUUGUUCAGUACGCGUUUUGUGUGUCAGAAUGCGAGACAGACAUAUCUUUUUAUUUUGAACAUUGUUUUUUAUUCCAACUUAUUGAAGCGCGUACUGGCACUGCAAUAAAAUGAUUCGUUCAUUAUUAA